ACUUAAUUAAUGAAAUUCAUUGUUCUUGACAAAGAAAAAAAAAAGGGUUAAGGCAUCGAGCGGUAACCCUCUCACGUGGCUCAAUCAAAUUAAGCCGAUCGACCAUCCGUUUGUCACGACGAACUUGCACCGAGGACAUGCGCACGCCACACAAUCAUUUCGCUAUCCCUUUUGGACAUACAUUGUAUACAUCGACAACAGCAAUGACAACCACAACGAUUAUGACAAUACUAAUGUUACGGUCGACGGCCUAUUGCAACAUGUUAAAAUUCAAUUUGCCUAGAUUUGCAAAAUAUAUCAAGUUCUUUUCUUUUGUGAUGAUUUUGACAAUAAAUAGUGGCCCCCGCUCCCUAUACCGUCCAAAAAAUAAAUCACCUAUAAUAAGCUAUAAAACAAGGAGAUGAUGUCGUUGGAUAAUAUCGAGCCUCUUUUAUCCUAAAAGUUACCUUAAAAUAUAAAAUUUUCCUUACACCUAUAGAUUCACGAGUCAUUUCGACAAUCGAAAUGUUAUAAACUCCAAUUGAUGUCUAGUGCUAGAACACAAUUGUGGGCCAUGGGGUUCGAAGGUUGAGGAGUUGCCAUUCUACCUCGUGGAUCGCCCGGAGACAAAUUAUAUUCUAAGCUUAAGAAAAGAUGACUCCAUCACGAACCUUUCCCCUCAAAUCCCGGCUGUGGAUGCUAUUAAGGCAUGUGAUGGCCACUCAAGCGUCGUGAAUUCACCGGGAACGCCGCCUCUGCGCAGCAGUCAAGGGUGGCGCAAGUGGCGGUGCCUUGCCCACGAUUCCAAACGUUUCUCCCUUCAAACGGUAUAACCUUUCGUCACCUUAUGUUAAGAGCGCAUAAAAUGAUUGAUUUUACGAAUGAUACUGUGAACUUCACUAAUUACGCAUAUGAAAUUUAUCGAAACAUCUAACUCUUUCGGGCAAUCUUUUCUUUAAAAUAUGUGGGUUCUCUCAAUUUAUGAAGAUAGCGACUCGAUGUACAAUUCGAUUUUCAUUGUAUUUCCAUUAAAAUUGAAUUAUAUGAUCUAUGGAAAUAUCAUCGAAUUUGUUGAUCAUCGUAAAUGACUUGAUUUGCCCUUAAGUGCUUAGUGUAAAUUAAAUAAACAAGCAAUUUUUUAUUUUAUAAAAAAGGAGCGAUUUUCUUCCUAUUUCACGCAUUACUAGACAUUUGUUUCACUCUAUCAAGAUGAUCUCUGUUGCACGCAGAGUUCAGUGGACACUCGCUCCCAUUUUCGCGCUUUUGUUCCCAUUUCGCCUUGUAGCUGAAAGCUUUUGAACUCACAGUAGGUUAGAUUUGUUCUUAAUUUAGUCAAAGAUAAGAUAGAUUAAGUUUAGUUCUUAGUUCAGUAAAAGACAGGUCAUUUAUGGUCAGACCAGAGGAUUCACAACGAAUUGCUUUACCACUAAAGUCAAUCAUGACCAAUUUCAGAUCUUUCUUAUCAUGUGCACAGAAUUUAUAAACGAGGUUACUUAUCGGCCACUGUAUCAUGCACGUUCUCCCAUUGCGACUUCAAAACUGCACGUCGUGCCAGACGCAAAUCCACCAAAAUAAACCUGACACGCACUCAUAUAAGAACCAUCCCCUUCUCCACCUUGAUCUCCAUGUCCAACGGGCAGAGGAAGAGAGAGGGAGAGAGAGAGAGAGAGAGAGAGAGAGAGAGAGAUGGAAGCCACCAACCUCCAUUUUCUUGCCAUUUUUCUUCUCUUGGUCACCAACGUGAGUGCAAUCACAUCUGCAGCUGCUGCUGCUUCUUCUUCUUCCUCCUCGAGCUAUUCCAACUUCAUUAAGACCUCAUGCAGCACGACCACGUACCCUAAGCUCUGCAACCAGUGCCUCUCCUCCUACGCCUCCGUCGUCCGCUCCAACCCCUGGAAGCUCUGCAACUCUGCCCUCUCCGUCUCCCUCCAGGCCGCGCGCAAUGCCUCCUCCCUCGUCGCCGUCCUCUCCAACCAACGCGGCCUCACCAAGGCCGAGGCCACCAUCAUCAAGGGCUGCAUCGAGAACCUUGAGGACUCCAUCGACGAGCUCAAGCGGUCCAUCAAGGCGAUGGCCCGGAUCGGAGGGUCGUCAACGUCGUCCUCGGCGGCAAAGAAGAACAAGGUGGGGUUCCAGAUGGCUAGCGUAAAGACUUGGGUAAGCGCCGCGAUCACGGACGAGGACACGUGCACCGACGGGUUCGCCGGGAGGAAGGUGAGUGCGGGCGUGAAGAGCAAGAUCCGGAGCAGCAUCGUGAACGUUGCCAGGAUCACGAGCAAUGCGCUGUCCCUCAUCAACCACCUCAAUUAUUAAUGUUAAUUGACGGUCUCCACAACAUAAAGUUUCUUGCUGCUACC